CGCCCCCAAUCAAUGGUCCACCCCUAAGCUCAAUUGAAACUCUCUGAAGGGUAACAAAGCGGAAAGAGUAAAAAAGCCAUUCAAACAAGCAAAUUCACAAUAUUGCACACCGAGGUCGGCUAAAUCUCUUCUGACUUACGCAACAAAACGGCCAAACCCACAGGAAGUUAUAAAACGUUUUCAAGUUGUACUGAAGAGACAUCCGAGGUAGUUGUGGAUGUAGCCUGUGUAUGAGGUCUGUUAAGUGGUUUUAAUAUUCACUCAGUAAAAUCACCUGCCGGAGCAGCAGUUAUAGCUUCGCUGCCAAGCGCAACAAUCUUGAGUAAAUCCGACCUGAAUACUGGACUGCACGUAUCACAUUGAAGAAAUGGGAUCAGUGACGCAACAUCAGCAACUACAACAACGUGUGCAAGUUUCAAGGAAAAGAAGUAGCGAACAAGGUGACAACGGAUGUUCAGAGCCAAGUAAAAAACCAAAAGAAAAAACAGCUGAGACAACCAAAGCUGAUUUGGAAGAUGGAGCAAACAUGUCAAUACAAGUUGAACAAGUGACGUUGUUAUCACAGCAGUAUAUUUCUACUGAGUCAGAAGAACAUGGACCCUGCUAUAUCCAGUCACUCUAUCGUCGUGAUCGCAAAGUCAGGCGCGGGGAACAUAAUUACGGAAACCUUUUGAAGUCCCUUUCAACAGAAGGAACCGAAAUCAAUGUGGCCUUCUCCGGUACAAACUUCGGCGAUCCGACAACAGUAUUCCAUCUUGAAGCAAGUAAUAAAGACAAAGGAGCAAAGGCCAUAAGGUACGACGGCAACUACUAUCUAGCUGUGGACACUGAUGACCACGUGAAACUUCGUAAAUUAAAAAGCUUCCCCUCAGAAGACAAAUAUUUCUUUCAUAUCAAACAAACGAACCCUGGGCGAUAUCCUGUCACCAUCCAAUCAAAGAUAGCAAAGGGGCCGUAUCUACACUGUGGAAAGGAAGGCAAAGUUUCCGCUUACGGAGAGCCUGAUGAUUUACAGACGUGGUUCGCGAUCGUGCCGUAUGGAUGCGAAUACAUCCAGAAAGAGGCGUAUGAGAUGAGUUACACAGAAUGCGAAACCGUUACGACUACGAAAGCAUUUGAAGACACUGAAGAUUCAGCAAAGGGGAUAUCCUUAGGGCACGAAGGUGGCGCUUCUGUAGAUCCAGACGAAGGGAACUACAAUUAUCGAGUAAAACGCAAUUCUGUUGAACCAGGGAGGGGGAAAUCCGAGGGUACCGGGGAGGGGACCCCCGACGACCUGAAGAAAGGAAACUCCCAGGAAUCCGGAACGGAUGUCCUUGAAGAUCCGACGGAGGAGAGCUACCCGCACGGGGACGAAGCGACAUCCGUUUAAGAACUCAAGGAAAGAUAGCAUAACUCUCUAUAAAACGUUUAACAGCACGGCGCUCUUAUUCUUACUAUAUGUUUACCUGAGCUUACUGUAAGAGAGAGAUGUAAAGUAAGACAAAUAUAGAGUAUACCUUACGCUAACUUUAAGGAGAACAUUCGAAAGAGAAAAUGUUAAAAUGUAUCGGAAGAUAGGCGCACGAUUCCAAGCUGCGAUGAUUCGGUGGCUUGUGCUGCGUGAAGGUAUUAAACAAUAAAAAAAUCCUGUCUUCAAUGACAGUAACAGCAUUAAACAAGUUCU